CCAGUUUCCACCAGGGACAGGUGUCCUGGAUGAUGCCUCGGAGCAUUAACUGUUUCCAUGCUGGAGAAACCAACGGCAUUCCCGGGAUGGCUGCUCAGUUUCAAGCUGUUUGGAAACAUCUGGAUCUGGGACACGGACUGGAAGGAUGUUUGUGCUGUGCUUGUCCAAGCCUGUCAGUUGGUUCCCCUUGAUCAGGAACAUCUUGUCAGCAAACUCUGCCAGCUUAUCCAUCACUUACUCAACAGAUAUCAGGUGAUGGUUGAUGAGCAGAGCUUGAAUUUCCUUCUCUCCUACUGCAUCUCUGCUCUGAGGCAGUGCAGCUCCUGGACACAUGUUGAAAUUCUGCAAGCCUUAGCAGCUCUUGUUUACAAUAAUGGGCCAAAGUGUCAGAAGUACCUCCCAGACCUGCUGGGCAAGGCUGGGCUCCUGCUGCAGCUCAGUGACCCUGCCCAGCCCGACGUGGAGCUCAGGAGGGCGGCCGUGCGCAGCAUGGCAAACCUGUGUCUCAGUGUGCCUGGGCAGCCAUACCUGGAUGAGUCCUACAGAAAUGUCUGUUUUCAAACUUUCCUAAGUGUUCUGCAGUCUUCAAAAACCACUGAUGUGGAUGACAUCACUUUUUGCAUGUUGCUGCAAAGUGCACUGAAAGGUGUCCAGUCGCUUCUCAAUGGUGGGAAGAUGAAACUGAUGCAAACUGACCAAAUUGGAGCUCUUCUGGCAGUGCUGAAGAAAUGCAUGUUCCAUGGGCUGCCAGGCCUGAGCAUAGAGGUGCCCACAGUCCUGUACCCUGCUCCUUUACCUCAGUAUGAUAAAAGGUCACCUGUCAAGCAGGAGCAGUCAGAACCAGCCCCCUCUAAGCAGGCAGGGAGCCGAAGAAAGAAGUGCAAAGGGAAACAGAAGAAGGGAGAGUUUGGGGAAGAAGGAAGAGAAGAUUCAGGGGAUGCAGGCAACGAGUCGGUGCUGGGAGCAGACAUGCUGAAAUUGCACCUGGGGGAUGUGCAGAGCAGCCCUGGCCUGGAGCCUCGUGUGCCAGAUGUGUGUGCUGGGCCAGAUGUGUGUGCUGGGCCAGAUGUGUGUGCUGGGCCAGAUGUGUGUGCUGGGAGGGACCCCCCCAGCUCCCAGCCCUGGAAGGGCCUCAGCAGCAGCGAGUCAGAAUAUUCUGACACAGAAGGGGGCAUCCAGAGCAAAGUGAGGUCUUACCAAGCCAAUGUUCGCCAAGGGGCUCUGGCCUGUUUCCUCUCCACUAUAAAGUCCAUAGAAAAGAGAGUUCUUUAUGGCUACUGGUCAGCAUUUGUUCCUGAUGCCCCUGGUAUUGGCAGCCCCCAGUCUGUGUCCCUGAUGACCAUUGCUCUGAAGGACCCUUCUCCAAAGACACGUGCCUGUGCCCUUCAAGUCCUCUCAGCCUUCCUGGAAGGUUCUAAGCAGUUCCUGUCUGUGGCUGAAGAUGCCAAUGACCACAAGAGAGCUUUCACUCCCUUCUCUGUCACCAUGGCUUCCAGCAUCCGGGAGCUGCACCGCUGCCUGCUGCUGGCCCUGGUGGCUGAGUCCUCCUCUCAGACACUGACACAAAUAGUCAAGUGCCUUGCAAACUUGGUUGCCAAUGCACCCUACAGCAGAUUGAAACCCGGGCUGCUUACCAGGGUGUGGAACCAGAUCAAGCCCUACAUCUCUCACAAAGAUGUCAACGUUCGAGUUUCCAGCCUCACCCUGUUGGGGGCAAUUGUUUCUGUGCAGGCACCUUUGCCAGAGGUGCAGCUGCUGCUGCAGCAGCCCAGCCCCUCGGGGCCCAGCGGCAGCGGCAGCGCAACCCCCGGCCGUGAGCAGAGGAGGAGAGCAGUGCCCUGGGCAGGGCAGAGCCCUCAGGACAGCCCUGCAGGGAGUGCCCCUGCCGAGCCCUGCUGGCUGCUGGGUCUCUGUGUGUCCCUCAUCGUCCUGCCCAGGGAGGACUCCUGCUCUGACAGCGACAGCUUCCCGUCCCUGGGCAGCGUCUUCGAGCCGUGUCCCCUGCGCCUGGAGGCCCUGCAGGUGUUGGCUCUUCUUGUGAAAGGUUAUUUCCCUAUGGCUCAGAACUAUUUCCUGGGACUUGGAGAAGUGGCUUGCAGAUGCAUGGAAGAAAUGGAUCCAUCCAUUCAGCUUCAUGGAGCCAAACUUCUGGAGGAGCUGGGCACGGGUGUCCUGCAGCAGCACAAGCCUGACUCCCCCACUGCCCCUGAGCAGAGGGUGCCUGUCAGCCUGGUUGUGACCUUCUGGACCAUGAUGUUAAAUGGCCCCUUACCUGGCACCCUGCAGAACUCCCCCCAUGCCACUCUGCAGACAAGUGCCUGUGAUGCCCUGUCCUCUAUCUUACCAGAGGCUUUCAGCCUCCUGCAGGUAGGAGAACACUCCUUUAAAUGGUGACAGCAGCUCCUGUGUGUCACCUUGCUGCUUGGCCUGAACCACAGUGAGAACCCCCUGGUGAAAGCUGCUGCUGCCCGUGCCCUGGGAGUGUACAUCCUCUUCCCGUGCCUCAGGCAGGAUGUGAUGUUUGUGGCAGACACAGCAAAUGCCAUCCUGAAUUCCCUCCAUGACAAGUCUCCCAACGUCCGUGCCAAGGCAGCCUGGUCCCUGGGCAACCUGACAGACACCCUGAUCAUCAACAUGGAAACCAUGGGACCCAGCUUCCAGGAGGAGCUUUCUGAUCUGCUGCUGCUGAAAUUGCUGCGCUCUGCCACGGAAGCAUCCAAGGACAGGGACAAGGUGAAGAGCAACGCUGUCCGUGCCCUUGGGAACGUGCUGCAUUUCCUGCAGCCCUGCCACGUGGCCAACCCCAGGUUCAGGGAGGCCACCGAGGAGGCCCUGCAGGCCCUGGUGGCCACGGUGGGCAGCGAGGCCACCAUGAAGGUGCGCUGGAACGCGUGCUACGCGCUGGGCAACGUCUUCAAGAACCCUGCCCUGCCUCUGGGAGAGGCUCCUUGGGCCAGGCAAGCUUUCAGUGCCCUUUCCUCCGUAGUCAAGUCCUGCAAGAACUUCAAGGUGCGGAUCAAGUCAGCCAUGGCCCUGGCCAUCCCCAGCCACAGGGAAUGCUACGGCUCCACGGAGCAGUUCUGCCAGAUCUGGAGUGCCCUGGUGGUGGCCCUGCAGAGGAGCGAGGACACCGAGGACUUCCUGGAGUUCAAGUACAGCUCGAGCCUCAGGACGCAGAUCUGCCGGGCCCUGCUGCACCUGCUGCAGCUGGCCAGCAGCACAGACCUGCCCCUCAUCGGGGGCAGCCUCCUGCAGCACGGCCAGGCCAUCCGGCCCCACGUGCUGCACUACCUGAGCUGCUCGGGGGAGCAGGGCGAGGCGGGGGCGCCCGCGGAGCCGGGCGAGAGGGAGAGGGGGCUGCACGGAGCCAUCCAGCACCUCAGCAGCAUCGAGGCACAGCUGCAGGGCAAGGCCAGGCUCAGAGUGUCCCUGUACCUGGAGGAUGUCCUCACACACCACACCAAUGCCACAGCGACAGAAGCCUGAAGGAAAUGUCCAUUUCUGUGACCAAAUCUUCCACGGGGAGCACAGAGCUGUGUUCUCUUGCACAGGACAUCCAGAGGAAAAGUUUCCUGCUGCUGAUAUUAAGGAUUUCAUUUGAGACUUUGUUAAUAAUGCCUCUAGGACUUCUUUUUUUAUAUUAUUACUGUUUUUAUUGUUGUUUUUGGGGAACUCUGCCCUCCCUGGGGCUGGUUUGUGCACUUUGCUGUCACAGCGUCGCCACUUGGAAAACAAACACCUUUUCCUCCUCUGUGUGUUUUAUAAAGCUGCCUGUUCCCUCAGCUUAUCUCAAAGCAUUUUGUUCCUAUUGCUGCAGGAUCCAGAAUCGUGUUUGUAAAGCAGGGGGCUGGAAGAAUUUUGUUUUUCAGAGCACUGCAAAUGUUGUCACCCUUGUGUACCUGCAAUAAACCCAAAUAUGCCAAUA